ACAUAAACAAAAAAACGAGAAAGCUUGAUGUCUUAUUUUUGUCAAUAAGACAUUUCCUCAUCAGCUUGCUGUAAUGUAGCUUAAGUAACAACAAUAAUAACAAAGCUUUGGGCGGCAAAUCUGUAAGUAUUGAUCUAAAAUAUUUCUUAUUUAUCUGUAAAGAUAUAUGACUUUAAAUUUGUUCAGAUAGUGUGUUAAUACUUUAGCAAAAAUCGAUGCGAAAUUUCAUGAAGAUUUCUCCUCAAAUGGGAAAGUUUUCCAUACAAGAACUUGAUUAUUUUCCUUCAGUUUGUAUGUCAGCUAUAUACUAUACGGCGGUUCCGAUAAACGAGCAGCUUCUUGAAGAAGACAGAUAGACAUGGUUAAAUCAACGCAUAUACAUACAUAUUUAUCUUAUAGGGUUUCCGACGUUUUCUUGAGGGUGUUGUAGACUUUGUAGCAAACUAAUAUACCCCGUUCACGGUAUAAAAACAAUUAAAAACCCUAGUCUCCCCUUAAUAUAGUGUUUAAAUGAGUUAAACUCCCUCCUCCAAGUACACCACUCUACUCGGGAAAAACUGGCGCCCCCUAAUAAUGCCCACCACAUACUCAUCAAUACACCACACCAGAUGAUACCACACAGGAAAACACAACAUACUAUCUUUACAUUCGCUUAUCGUCUACGGGCCUGAGCGCCACAUCAACUUCCCGCUUUUUUUCAUCGACUCGCUAGCGAUCAGAUCUUCGAGCACCCGCCUAAAUCGACUCCCUUUUUUAAUAAUUUUGCCAACGGUGAGUGAAGUUAAAAUUAACUUAUUAAUUAAUUAAUUUAGUGGUUUGUAAGAUAUGUAUUUAUGUAUAUUAAGCAAUUUGGCGAGUGUGGCAAUUUUUAAAAAAAUUUAAACCACCUCUUUAUAGCAAUUUUAUGAACUAAAUUACAGUUUUGUAUCUUAAUUGGUUGCUUAGUUAUAUAAGAGAAUGUUAAUGAAUUAUGAAUGUUUAUUAACAUUCUCUGCCUUCUCUAUACAUUAACAUUCUCUGCUCUGGUAUAUGUAACUUCAAUAAGAUAUCUUGAUUACUUCGUAACCAACCCGUUUUCCCCAUAUUAUCUAAAUAACCCUGCACUUUAGCAUGUUUUCUUUUCCCCUUCAACCCGUUUGUUAAUAUUGAUUUGUCCCAAAAUAACCGUUUAAAAUACCCGAAAUUUUUGCCCGACAUUCAGCUGUUUGAAAACUCACGAGAGCUUACUGGCACUCGCACUCUACCCGGCGAUUUAGACUAGAGAACCUUAACGGUAUUAAUUGAAAGCUCUCACCUAGCGUCUCACUGAGAAGACUUGCGCUCAGGAAAUCACCGCUUGCUUCCACCCUCCAGCAUAACAUUAUUGUGCAUAAGCAACAUACGGAAGCUUAACCGCUAGCUUCAAGUUUCCGAUGGUCCAGCUAACGCUUGCACUUGCUAUUUAAACAACUGUUAUACGAAGGCAUAGUUUAGUUUGUGUUAAAGCGUCUACGGUAAAAUACUGAAACGAGCGAGUAAGGGAUUACGCGUCUAACUUUUGCGCUUUUCGCAAGGUUUUUGAUUCAAAGCAGGGCUUCUGGUGCUGCUGUUGCUGGAGGACGGACAUACAUAACACGUCUAGUCGUUGUUGUGUGGCAAGGACACGAGCGUGCAUUUUUUCGGUUGUCGGUUUUGUUUUCCUUGGCCAGAAUAAUUGGUUGGUUGGACGCGAUAAGCUAACGGCUACACAGCCGACGUCCAGCGGGCGCUUGCAAACGGUUAAUGAAAGUUUCGUUUCAACGAUUGUGAGUUUUAACGUAGCUGAUUGCAACGCUGAUUUUGUUUUGAUAGAAAAAGCUGAAGCUUUAAAGAAAAAAUCAGAAAAAGAAAGUGGCCAAACUCACUUGAUAUGCCGGGUUUUGUUGGCUGAGCUCGUUAGCUGAGCUCGUUGUGUUGCUCGAUUCAGUCUGUCGUUGACUAGCGUUCGUGAUGUGUACGUGCCGCAGCCGAGAACGAGUAUCGUGAGUACGUUGAAACGGGAUUUUUGUGCUCGCUCGGUAGCAUACAAAUAUCCUGCUAGUGAUUUAUGCUGAUGUGUUUGUGAAGAAAAUAAAAUAAAAUCCAGCCUGAAAUGAAACAAAAUGCGAAAAGUGGUAGAAAUUGAAAAAUCCAUUAAUUGUGUGCUCCACAAUGAGAUUGAACGUACAAUGUUAAGUGAAAUGUGAAAGUGAGGAAACAUUUUUACAGCAAGAGCAAGUAACAACAAGAAUAUUUAAAAGUUAAAAAGUGAGUGCAGCACCGCUAAACGUAACUGUGUGUGCAUGUACAUAUGUAUGCAUGAAAAAUAUGCAACACUAUUAAUGCUAUCAACGGCAACAAUCGUAUACAUGUUGUUGGUAUUAAGUCAUUAAAAUAUUAUCGCACUAGUAUUACUGAGUUUACGAGUCGCCUUGUUUGCAAGGCAGGGCAAAGGGCGUGCCAAAACAAAGCUGAUCUCUGCGGAUUUCUGUGUAGCUGCGGAAAGUGCAUUUGCUACCGCGCGUGUUUGUACUUGUAAGUGUUUGGGUGCAUGCGUGUGUUCGUCGGUGAGGGCGCCCGUGUGGAUUGUGGAAAAAGUGUCUACCGUUGUUGCUGAAUAAACGUGUAUUGUGUAGCAAACGAAAAGAACGAAAAAUCAAAAGGAAAGAAAAAAAAAACAAAUACAACAAUAUAUUAUAGCUAGCAAUAAAAAGCGGCAACAAUUAGCUAACUGCGAGCCAGACAGCUAUACUAACCAGCUUUUAGCUGGAUAGAGAUGUAAGGACUCGAACGAUCAAACAACGGCAAAAAUAACUUGCCUUGUACAAAAUCAUAUGUAACGUUGAGCAUGCUGGCAACAACAACACCAACAAAAGAAAAAGCAACAUCUGAUAGCGUAGCAACGAGUAUACUUGGACCCACGAACAUGGCCGAGGUCCCUACAAACGUUGCAGUCCCUUGCCAUGUGGUGAACGCAGUUGCGAAAAUAAGAAAAACAAAUGUGUCAAGUUGCAUCAGCAACAGCAGCGGCAGCUGUAACAAUAGAGCCAACAGCGCUACAAUGAAGCAAAGAGCACCAACGGCAACAAAAGCAGUAGUGAGGAGUAAGACAAAAUCUCCGCGUUGGCGUUGUGCUGCGCUGUUGAUAAAUGCAGACAAAAAUAAAAACAAUAAUUUAAAUAAUAACAACAACAAUAGCUACAACCGGCAACAAGCUGUUGCUGCUUCUUCUUCUUUGCCUUCGUCUACUGCUUCCCCAGCUGCUGUACGUUUUACUCGAACACCAUUCUUAUCAACACCAUCAUCGUCAUUACCAUCGUCGUCCUGGCUAUAUUGCCUGGGGCUAUGGAUUGCAAUUUCGUCAUUGGUAUUUGUGCAGUGUGUGCCAUCACCCUCGUCAGCAUUGUCCGCUUCCUUAACGGGCAGCUCGUCCGGCAACUUGGCGUCCUCCAAUGCAAUGCAAUCACCACAAAAGCGAGGCAGCGGCGCAGCCGACCUCACCAAGGAUCAGUGCAAUAAAACGGUGGACAUCUUCGAGGAUGUCAGUUCGCCGGAGGUGAAUAGCCUGAAUGUAGGCCGGCCGUUAACCUGCUGGUACCGCUUCCGUACGCUGAAAGGUGCACCGCGCGAUUUUGUAUUGCGGUUGCGUUUUAAAAAAUUUAAAGUUGGCACACUGCUGAACGCAACACACUGCGAGGGUGGCUAUUUACAGAUUGUCGAUGGCAAUGCGAAGACGGAUGUAUCCAAUCGUCGUGAACCCGGCAUGUUUUGUGGCGAGGCCGAGCAGCCGCAGACUUUCAUCAGUGAGACCAACUAUGUCAAAGUGCUUUUUCACACGGAUAAUUUUACUGAUCAGACAUAUUUCACAUUUGAUUCGCGUGCUGAACAACAAACGGAAGUUUAUUUACGUUAUGGCCAACAUCCGGAACUGUAUCCCAAUCGUCGCGGGGAAGUGGUGCAAGGCUCCUACUGCGAGCGCGAAUAUCGCGAUUGCCGCUUACAAACGUGUUAUGUGCAAUCGCCUGCAUAUCCUGGCCUUUAUCCACGCGCACUGAAUUGUCGUUACAAAUUGCACACGCGUCAGCCAUAUAUAAAAUUGUAUUUGCAGAAUGAGCAAUUCGCGGUGGAUGGACAGCGGUGUGAAAACGUCAUGACUUGUCCCAUACGACCAAUUGGUUCUGGCAAGGAGCACUGCCCCUACGAUUGGCUUGCCGUCUAUGAUGGUCGCGAUGAGCAUUCGCCACUUAUUGGCAAAUUUUGUGGGCUGGGCAAAUUUCCGUUUAGCAUUAUUGGCACUUCCCAAUACAUGUACGUGGAGUUCGUUACCUCACCAGCGGGCCCGCUGCUCAACACUGGUUUCCAUUUCAACGUCGGCAAUUGGCCUGGUCACGUCGAGACAGCAGGCAUCAAGCAUGGAAUUUGCGAUUGGCUACUCAGCUCCGACUCGCUGAAGGAUAGUAGCGCCAGUGAGGGUAUAUUUUUGAGUAUCGCUCAUUGGUAUCCGCCGAAUACGUCAUGCAGUUAUCACAUUAAAGGGAGAAUAGGCGAAAUUGUGCGGUUAUAUUUUCCAAGCUUUCGCAUAAAUCGCAUCGAGUCACCGAUACUCAAAUAUGACGGUGACUGCGGGGAAUCGCUGACCAUUUACGACUCAGAUCAUCCCGAUCCGGCGCGUAUUAUCAAAACCUUCUGCGAUACAUUCUCAAGACCCAUGGAAAAGGUGGACUUCGUGAGUACUAGUCCUUCGCUGUACGUGCAAUUCGAUUCAAAAACGGGCUCCUACAGUGGCUCGUCGCUCUAUUAUUGGGCACACUAUGACUUCUUCAAUAAUACACGCUUCGGGGAUCCAGUGCCGAAUACGCUCUGCGACGAGGUUAUGUAUGCCUGGAAGCAUCCGGGUGGCAAAAUACGCUCACCAAUGAAUUCUUUAAUCUUUAAACGCACCGGCGGCUCUGAUGUACGCUGCCAAUAUAAGUUCGUGACAGAUCGGCGACUAUAUGCACGCGCAGUAAUCGAAGUCACAUCAGUAUCAUUCAAGGAAUUGCCGUACAAUAACAAUGCCUGCACGCGUUGUCAUGAAGAACGUGUUGACAAGCUGGUCAUUUGGGAGGAACGCGAGAAGUUCCAAAACAAUCUCGCCUGCUUCUGCGAUAACAUACCACGUGCUGUGCGCGUGAUCUCCUCAGCGGAUCAGAUGAACCUGGAAAUGAUUGUACAGGGUCAACAUGCGAUCACGUCCUAUUUCAAGAAUCCCAAUCCACUAUUCGAGGCGUCUUAUGAGUUUGCGCACGGUCCGCUAUGUGGUCCCAUAACAUUGGGACCCUCGCCUGAUGGUGAAUUGGUGUUUCCGUAUAAAAAAGCAUUGGCGAUGGCGGCGGGCCCAAUGGCCGCCGUGCCUGAGCAUCAUUAUCGUCGCGAAAAGUGCAUUUGGGAACUGAAAGUAGCGGCACAACGCGAUCUAUGGUUGAAUUUGGAGAAGGCGCGCUUUGGCGAUCGCACCUGUGAGAGCGCUAAAAUUGAGGUAUAUCUCGCCGGACGACUCGAACCACGUUUCAUAAUGUGUCCGGAAAAUAUCUCGUUGGCGCGUGAUCUUCCUAUACUCUCCGCUGCGGAUUUGGGUGCGCUUGGUGCCGAUCAAGAACCGCUACCGGUCCUGAUACAAUAUACUGGCGACGGGCAGCCGGGAAAAAAUGCGUUCCGUUUAGUUUGGACCGAACUGUUCCAUUUGCCACGCAAUCCCGACGGUAGUUUGGCAUCGUCAUUGCUGCAGGAUGGCGGCUGUGAUUUCCGUUGUCCCGGCGAUACAGAGGUCUGCAUACCGCGACACCUGCUGUGUAACGGUGUUGACAAUUGUCCGAAUGUGACGCAUAUCUCGACGAUGGCUCAACUAACGCGGCACAUUGAGUGGAAUUUGGAGCAACUCGGUCUGCUGCAUCGCGCACACGAUUAUAAAAAUCUUGUGUUGCACGACGAGUCACCAGAAAUUUGCCUGCGUCAAGAGCUAAGCGAGUUGCCCUAUGGCAAACUGAUAUUGAUCACGUUAGGUCUGAGUUUAAUGCUGACGCUGUUCGUGGCGAUACUGUGUCGCAUGUGUCGGGGGCCUGGCCACGCCUACCACAGCAGAUACUAGAGGUACGAGUGUUGGUUGCAUGGCAAACCGCUAGGCGCACAUGUGUAGCAGUUGUGUGCAGCGGGGAAGGCACAGCAUGAGCAGUAUGCUUCCGUUCAUUGGCGGUAGUGUAGCAAAAUAAUGCUGUCAUACCAAGGAAGCAAACUGCUUCGGAGUUAUAAAAGUAAAACAUAUAUUUUUAGUGUGGCAGUAUGCGAGGUAAAUAUACAUAUGGUACAUAAUUCGAUUUUUCAUUUGUUUUUUGUUAUUUUUUACACUUAAGUAUUGUACCUUUUGGAAUACCCACUGAGCGAAAAAUAGUUGCCUGCUAAGUAGUAAUUGCGCGGCAUUAAAUUAAUAAAUAUAUUCUAAUUGUAAUAGAUAAACAUAGGCAAGUAAAUAAAUAAGUCGAAGUUAGACUUUUAUAUUUGCACCCCAGUUUAGUUGGGCCUGAACCCAUAGAACGAAGUGUGUAAACCAAAAGUCAGGUACAAUUUUGACAUAAGGCCUUUAACCCUUAUAUACGCACACUUCUAGCAAAAGAUAAGUAAGAACCUGAUGCGUUAUCUUUUAUAGUUAUAGGCCUCAAUGUGAGCUACUUAUUUUUAACCAAUGAUUUUAAUAAUAUCGGUAAUAAUUGAAUGAUGAUAUCAAAACUCGCAAAAGCCCGAGUAAUUUCAAUACGUCCGCAUAAUAUCCAAAAAAUUUACUUAGCCAUUACAAAUGUAUAAACUAAAAGAAAAAUGGUUUUACAUUCAAAGAAUAACUAAAUAAAAUUUCAUUUGGACGACUCAGUUCUUCAGUUGCACUUCCUUGGGAAAAACUAUAUUUAACAAUUGUGAAUUCAAGGAUGGCCCAGCCUCUCCAACUUUAAGCUAAGUAAUGGCGUCUAAGAUGAAGAGCUUUCUUCUGUUAUUUUGUGAUCUAGAGGCAAUUAGACAUCGCAACAGUUCGAUCAAAUCUUAUAACUAUUGUAUAUGAGAAGUAUCUUAAUGACAAAGAAAUAAUCACAUGUGGUUGAUCGGACUCUUCAUUAAACAUUUUUUAAGGCGUUGUCUGAAACUGAGAAUCACCCAAGCUGUUUAUUAGUUGUAGUUCGAUCCUUUAUUUAUUGCUUUCAAGUCCACCACGUCCUAUUAAUUUCUAACCACCAGAUCUAGUUCGAAGAGUCUAUCUUACUAAAAUAAUAAAAAAAAUUUGAAAGGUGUUCUUAGGUUCUUCAUCGCAACAAGCGCGUACUGUCGAGUCUAUAAAGGUUUAUUAGAAGCUGGUGAUUUUGUCGCAAAACUGAGGUUUGAUACAAAUAUCACAUUUGGCCUAAAAUGAUGGGUAUUGCAAGUUAUUAAUUAAAAGGUAUGUGCGUACACAAAUUUAUGAUAUAUUCCUAAUUUACCGUGUUUGAAAUAUUGAACUGACAAUGGACUACAAAAGUUUGUGAUUUGUAAUAGACAAACAAUAAAUAUUUUGAUAUUAUGAAGAAAUUAGCAUUUAAUGAAAUGAAUUGUUUUGAUAAAAAAGUAAAGUAACACGAUAUUAACUUAGAUUCAUUACAGAUACAUUAUAGAUACAGAUAAUUAAUAAAAGAAAAGAAUUACUCUCGUUUUAUACUUUUAUUUAUAGCAUAUAUUAAUCUUUUACAUUAUAAAUUGGUGUUUUCUGUAUUUAUUAUUUUUUGAACCAGUCUUUUUAAAAAUUAUUUUUCACUUUUGUUAAAGUAUCAGAAUCCAGGGGUAAGAUAAAAAAUGUCUUUGAAACGUUAAAUCAUAAUCUAGGUUUUAUUUUCCGCUGUGCUUUUUUGUUACAUUCAAAUUCACAUGUCUUUUUUUAAAUUUAGUCUCUGUUCUUUAAAAUAAACGUUUGCAGAAGAAACCUUUGCCUGAGAAAACCAAACCCCAAAAAACACACACAAAUUGGGUAUUGAUUUGGGAAUAAAAUUGUAAAAACCCCACUUGCAUUAUAUGAAAAUAAAACGAAGGAGAGAAGAAGAGAAAUAUAUAGGUGUAGUCACUAAGUGGUAUAUAAAAUGUAUUACGAUUAAUAAGUAAGCAAAAACAAAAACAUUUAACAAGCACACAAGGAACAUAAGAAAAAGAAACAUAAAUAAAAGAAAUUGCAUAAUAAAAAAAUUGAAAAAUAAAAAGUAAAAAUAAAAAAUGUAUGUAGUUAAGUAUAUAUAUACAAGUACAUAUAUAUUGUAUUCUUUUAGAAUAACUAUGUAAAAUUAGUAAUAAAAUGAUUUCAAACAAAUUAAAAAUUAAAAAAA